AUGGUGAAGCAUCCGAGGGGAACUUUUCUUCAUCAUAACUUCGUGUGCGCCAUCUUGAAUGACGUUUUUGGGAUCCAGGCACGAGGCGGACUUAAUAAUUUAUCAUUUGGAUCUGAUGUCUUAGGCAUUGAUGAGCAGCUAUUGAAGGAGUAUGAGAAAUUAUUGGAUGUUGAAGCGCAAAAAGAAAUAGCCAGAGUACGAAAGCUGAGUGUUAUCAAAUCCCCAGAAGUUCCAAUUCACAACGAACCGCUAAGACCUGGAUUUUGUAGAAUUUUUCUUCCUUUCUUUAUGUCGGAAUGCGAACUAGCGUUCGUAUUGGAAGCUCUAAAAAUGGUAGCAACGGAAGGUUGGAAGAUUUUGCCUCAAUACGCUGUUAAUGCUGAAACGGGACAAUGGCGGCAUCAUUCUUGUUCUGGGUUGAGAGAUAAGAAAUCUUUAUUCUCUCUACGAUUCCAUGACGGCAAGAUAACUCCCCACGAGCGUCGUAUUUCAGGUCCAGGAAUAUUCCCACAAACGUACACAGAGUGUCUGCAAACAGCAAGAAAUUUGUUUAGCAAAGCUAGAAAAUUGGCGAUGAAAUGCCCUCCAACUGAGCCUGAAGUCACCUUUAACCCGAAAGUUGAUUAUUUAAGAUGGUUUAUGUUACCUAAGGAAGCACAUGAACUUUUACUUGGGCGAUCAUCAAAUGUGAAACACAUUGUCCCGUUCGAUCCAUCCGGAUAUACUGGAGCGAGAAAAAGUCUUUAUAGUAUAUCAAGAUGUUCAAAUACCUCUUCGCCAAUCCUGGGUUCAUCUCCAAGACAUUUCAGCCUUUCGGCUAUCGACGAUUGUCAAAUAUUUAGGCUUAAACAUAAACAAAAGUUCUAUUCAAGAGAGUCAAGUUUAAGAGAAAGUACAAACGAAGAGACUGUCAAAAUGGCCCACCAACCCGUACAAUUCGCGGUGGGCGAGUCUGUGUCACCUUUAUGUCUAGUCCCACAAAGAAGUAGACCAUCUCUAGUCAGGUCCAGAUGUUAUAGCUUAGGUUCGGACAGUCCACCUCCACCUUUCAGCUCUCAAACCAAACUUAAUCUGGGAAUCAAAGAAGCCAGCCCGAACAACGCAGAGAAAUCUAGUACUUUUUGUAAUUGUGGCAGCCAAACAGAUCUGGAGUCGUUAGAUGACAGCAUGAACUCAACAAAUAAAAACUUUCCUUAUAGCAGCCAAAGUAGUACGUCCAUGUCUGAUUGUAGCCAAGUUGGUCGUACAUCUCCCACGGCUUCUAUAACGUCACAAACGUCAGAGGACCUGACAUACGUGAAGGAAAAAACUAAUGAAAUCGCAACCGAGAUUAAAUCUCAACUACGCGGAGUAAUCUCCACAGUAGACGAUGCAUUAGAAAACUCAGACAUCACGAACCAAUCUAACACGAGCAUAACCUCCAUUUCUAGUCAAAGCGAUAGGAAUUCUAUGUCUGUAGUAGAUUUAGCAGAAUAUCUAGUGGGAAAAUCAGAAGAAAUGGCCUCAGAGCUGAAGUACAAUAUUCGAGAAAUGGUAGACGAAAUGAUAUCUCCGGACUACUCAGGGUCAUGCUUAAGGAGAAACUCACCACCAAAGCCGAGACAGAGAAUCGGAUCUGGGCCAGAGCUGGGUCUAGGGCUCGAUCUUCAAAACUUAAAUCCGAAGCAGACCUUAAGGAAAUGUCCAACCAGCCCUGUAUUUCCGUCGCAAUAUGACGAGGAUGACAAAUGCUGCAAAAGUUCACCGAGUACACCACCCAAGUCCGCACAAUGCACGCCUUCGCACGAGGCAUCCGGCCCCAACAGUAUCUCUUUUAACUCCAGUGAGACCUCUACCCCUGAUACCAUAAUACAGGUCGUAACGACCUCGCAAAACUCACCAAAUCUGCCAAAGUCAUUAAGCUCAAACAAACUGUCCGAUGACGAAACAAGUUGUAUGGAUUCAGUGUGUAGACACUGUUGUUUUAAGAAAAAUUGGUGCCAAAAUCCUUCAGCCAGCUCACAAGACAGCGGUAUCAAUAUGAUAUACACCGAUUCCGAUACAUAUUCCGAUUUUGUAAAAUGGCGCACAUCAUCAGACCCUUCAACAAAUAAGAAGAAGUUCCAGGGUCGUCUCCGAAUGUGUCAAAAGCACGAGAAGACAGAAGUGCCUGACAUUAUAGAGGGUGUUCCAGUAUGUGGACCUCUCAAGACAUAUGAAACGGAUUCUGGCAGAGUGGUCUUCCAAAUACCUGAUGAUGCUGAACGACGGAACAGAACAUCGGCCCAAGACUCGAAGCGUUCUAGCAGAUCAUCAAACGCCUCUUCCAGCUGCUCAGACCGUAGUUCCAGAUCCAGCGGUUAUGGAACAGAUGGGCAACGACCCUCACAGGAAGACAACUUUUAUGAUAGAAGUGAAUCUGAAUGCCGUCACUCGAAGUCGGAAUGCUGUGGCGAAGAGACGGAGCAAGACGACAGCAGCGCGUGCAGCGAUGGCUCUCUUACGGACUUCACUUUCGACGACGAAGGCAAGUGGCACUGCCCGCCCAAAGCUGUCUGGAAAGCUACUCUAGAGGCUAUCCACGAGUUCAACAUGGUCCGUCCCGGCGACAAAGUGUUGGUAUGUCUGUCGGGAAGAAGGGACUCCAUCGCCCUGUUGCACACUAUGCACCAAUACCAGUUCUACGCCAGGUCCAAGGGCAUACAUUUCUCUAUUGGGGCAUUGUUCGUCCAUGAGCCCAAAUCGGAUGUGGACCCUCUGCACCUGAUGGCCUACUGCAGGACUCUGGGCGUCAAAUUCAUCUACCAGGACAAGAUUGAAGAUGAAUCUGAACGUCGUAGCAGCACAAAGCCUUCCGAGCUGCACCGCUGGUCGACCCACGAAGUGCGCAGGCGCACGUGCGACGCUGCCGUUGCGCACGGCUACGGAGUGGCCGCAAUCGCUCAGAACUUGGACCACGCAGCGAAGGCCUUCAUGGCCAGCGCCCUCUAUGGAGGCGCUCUUUGCUCCUUGAAGGCGCAUUAUAAAGUCAGAGACCAAGAAGUCCGGGUGAUCCGCCCGUUCAUCUACGUGCGAGCUCAUUGGUUGGGCACCUUUUGUUGUUCGCGCGCUUUGCCUGACUUCGCUGCACACGGCGCCUCUGGUGUUGCCGUUAAAAGUAAAACCCUGGACAGAUCGAUAUCCGAACCCUGCGGUUCCCGGCAGCUAGAUCUGGAGCAGAAUGAAGACCUGGAGCCUCUCAUGCUGGCCCAGAGUAUCCUGGACGACCAGGAGAGGGCGCAUCCUUUUGUCUUCUCCAGCUUGAAAAGUGCUUUGCAUCCGCUUAUCAGUGCCAGAAACAUAGAAAAGGACCAAAAGGAGCAUAGACACAGGAAGAAAUCUGUAAUACAAAUGAAAAAUGGUGCGCCCGUGUACGACUCUGACGAUGGAAGUGAGGAAGAAUCGGUGCCAUAG